UCAGACUUCACCUCGGUCACACCAGAAGCCCCAGGACCAUCUCUAAGCUGGCCCCGAGGGAGGGGGGUACCCGCAGAGCUGCCGUCACUGGGGCCACCCGCCACGGAGAAUGGAGGCACCUGCAGAGGGAGACUCCGGCUUCCAGGGAGGAGCCACGGCCCGCACAGCCACAGCCGGUGGUUCCCCGACGGUCCCCGAGGCCCAGCAGCCGCCGCCAGCCCUGGAGGAGGACAGGCGGAGGGAGGGGCUGGUGGAGCUGCACACCUCCUUCCGGGCGCUGCUCACCUUCUUCUGCACCAACGCCACCAUACACGGCACCAUCCGCCUGGUCUGCUCCAGCCAGAGCCGCGUCAGGACGGCCUCGUGGGGGCUGCUGGUGGCAGGCGCCCUGGGCGUGCUCUACUGGCAGUUCGGGCUCCUCUUUGCCGAGUACUGGCGCUACCCGGUGGUUGCCACAGUGUCGGUGCACUCGGAGCCCAAGCUCUUCCCAGCCGUCACUCUGUGCGACAUGAACCCGCACAGGCCACGCUCAGCCCGCCACCACCUGCAGGUACUCGAUGAGUUCUCCCAGGAGAACAUCCGGUCUCUCUACAAGUUCAACGUCAGCACGAACAGGGACGUCCUCUCUGCCGCUGACCAGUUCCCACAGCCCGCCUUCUACCUGGACCGCGGGGUCCGCCUGCAGAGGCUGAGCCGACCCGGUGGCCAGAAUAAAGUGGGUUUCAGACUGUGCAACAGCACAGGUGGGGACUGCUUGUACCGUGCCUACACGUCGGCUGUGACAGCCGCCCGUGAGUGGUACCACUUCCAUUAUGUGAAUGUCUUGGCCCUGAUGCCCACCGCCCACGAGGACGGCCACCGCAGCGACAGAGGCCACUUUGUCCUCUCCUGCCGAUUCGAUGGCCAGGACUGCCAGGCCCGGGACUUCCGGACGUUCCACCACCCCACGUACGGCAGCUGCUACACCUUCGAUGGCGUCUCAGCUGCACAGCACCCAGGCGUCACCCACGGGAUCAGCCUGGUCCUCAGGGCUGAGCAGCGGCACCACCUCCCUCUGCUGUCCACGGAGGCUGGUGCUAGGGUCCUGAUUCAUGGGCAUGACCACACGCCCUUCCUGGAGCACCAGGGCUUCAGCAUCCGGCCAGGGACCGAAACCACCAUCGGCAUCCGAGAGGACGAGGUACGCCGGCUGGGGAACCCCUACAGCCACUGCAGCGAGGGGGCAGAGGGUGUGGACGUGCGCCUGCUCUACAACGCCUCAUACACACGGCAGGCCUGCCUGGUGUCCUGCUUUCAGCAGCUGAUGGUGGAGACCUGCUCCUGUGGCUACUUCUUCUACCCCUUGCCGUCGGGGGCCGAGUACUGCAGCUCCGCGAGGCACCCGGCCUGGGGUCACUGCUUCUACCGGCUCUCCAGGGACCUGGGGACCCACCGGCUUCCCUGUAGCUCACGCUGCCCCAGGCCCUGCAGGGAGUCUUCCUACAAGCUCUCUGCCGGGAUCUCCAGGUGGCCCUCCUCCAAGUCAGCUGACUGGAUCCUGGCUGUGCUGGGCAAGCAAGGCCACAGGAGCCUGGGCCAGACCCCUAGCCUCAGGAGUAGCGUGGCCAAGGUGAACAUCUUCUACCAGGAGCUCAACUACCGUAUGGUGGAUGAGACACCAGUUUACUCGGUGCCCCAGCUGCUGUCAGCCAUGGGCAGCCUCUGGAGCCUGUGGUUCGGCUCCUCCGUCCUCUCUGUGCUGGAGCUGCUGGAGCUGCUGCUUGACGCCAUGGCUCUCGUGCUGCUUCGGGGCUGCCGCUGGCUCCACACAGCUCGGGGGUCCCAGCUGGGGGCAGCCACAGGGGCACCCCCCAUGAUCCCAGGAGCUGACCAGUUACCCACUGACCGCAGGAAUGACAUCAACCAUCUGGGGGGCCCUGCUGGCCUCGUGCCCCGCAAUACUUCCAGGAGCUCUGGCCGGAGUCUUUGCUGAAGAGUUAGGCCACACAAGGCCCCCCUGCCCCACGCCCGAACCAGCGGGAGCUUAUUCUGAUCCUGAGGGAUGUGGCUGCAGCAAGCUCUCCAGGCUGCCCAUGGGGAACCAGACCUGCCCCCCAGAGCCACUGCCAGCCAGCCAAGCCAAACCCAGGGCCGGGGAAGCUGCACUGGGGCCUCCAGGCAGGCAGGCAGGAGGGUGCCCAGCCCACCGGGCACUCUCAUCAGCCAGCCAUCUGCCCAGCAGUGGCCUCAGGGACGCCCAGGGCAGCGGGGAGGGGAGUGUCCCUACCUCUCUGGAUUCCCAUGUCUAG